AUGGCCCUAGUAUCGGGCCCUGGUAGAGCCGGGGGUAGCCCCGCAGACUCUGAACUACAUACCUCAAAGCAUGUGACUUACAUCAAGAAUCUGGACACUAGAAAAGAUGAGCUGGAAUAUUGGCUGACCGAGCACCUACGACUAAAUGGUGUUUACUGGGGUCUCACAGCCCUACAUAUUCUAGGUCAUCCGGAUACGUUACCUCGAGAUCAGACCAUCGAUUUCGUUCUCUCGUGCCAAAAUGACAAUGGGGGCUUCGGUGCUGCCCCAGGUCAUGAUGCCCACAUGCUGUACACCGUCUCUGCCGUUCAAAUCCUCAUAACCAUUGAUGCUGUCGAUGAACUCGAGAAGCGGGGCCGAGGCGGCAAGGAGAAAGUUGGAUCUUUUAUUGCAAACCUACAGAAUGCAGAUGGCUCCUUCAUGGGCGACCAAUGGGGCGAAACAGAUACCCGGUUCUUAUAUGGUGCCUUCAAUGCAUUGUCACUAUUGCGUCUGAUGGACCUGGUCGAUGUACCCAAAGCCGUUUCUCAUAUUCAAAGUUGUGAAAACUUGGAUGGAGCUUAUGGUAUUCGCCCCGGUGCCGAGUCCCAUGCUGGCCAAGUGUUCACUUGCAUUGGCGCGUUGGCCAUCGCUGGUCGCUUGGACUUGGUGAAUAAGGAUCGCCUCGGAGCUUGGCUCAGCGAGCGCCAGAUCGAAAGCGGCGGCUUCAAUGGUCGACCAGAAAAGCUUGCAGAUGCAUGCUACAGCUGGUGGGUUGGAUCAAGCCUUGCCAUGAUCGACCGUCUGCAUUGGAUCGAUGGUGAGAAGCUUGCCGCAUUUGUUCUACAAUGCCAGGACCCUGAUGCAGGUGGCUUUGCUGAUCGACCGGGAAAUAUGGUGGAUGUAUACCACACAAACUUCAGCCUUGCAGGGCUGAGCUUAUUGAAGUUCAAUGGUCUUGAAGAAAUAGAUGCUGUUUAUUGUAUGCCUAAGUCAAUCACUACCAAAUGCCUUGCGGGCGUUCUUCUCAAUGGGCUAUGGGAUACAAUGCGGGAGGAGAAUAUUGCCCACUUUGACUUAUUCCGCUUCAUACCCCUCUACAAUGGCCAAAGAGCUGUUAAGACAUCGUGGGCUUGCAUCAUGGAUGACACCAUCCUCGUGUGCAGUAUCUGCCCUGGUCAGCCCCGGUUCAGCGAUGUUUCUCACUUGUUGACCCAUGCUGCCUCUAAGGCUCAUCUAGCCAGCCACUUCAAGCUCAAGCUCCGCACUGACGAUCCCAACUCGAUCGAGCUUCUCAAGCAAUACGACGACUGGUUCGACGCCAAUGGCUUUGCGAAGCAGCUGGCUGCUCGCAUGGCCAGCAAGGAAAUUCGGAAGAAGAGAAAGUCGGACGAAGUAUCGGCUUCCCAGACCAUCAAACGUACAAGGAACCGAGCAUCCGAUGUCGAGCCCGAGGGCUCCAGCACUUGCAAAAUCACAACCACCCCAGUCUCUGAUUGCCUCGAUCCUCGCCUAGCCGAUUCCCACAAUGACAAACAGCACCAUGCAGAUACAACCCUCACACCAACUACACCAAAGCGGUUGCCAAACAGCAAUGCGGAAUCUCGAACGGGUCCAAUCCUCCGCUCGAUGCGAUCCUUGAAUGGCACGAAGUCAAGCGUGUUGCAUCCAGUGGAUGCUUCAGGGCCCAGCGAUGAAGCCCGAUCAUUGGCUUUGCCGGUGACACCGAUACAACGCCGGCAUAAACCGGACCCAUUGGAAAGAACCUGGGCUUCCGGCAGAGAUACCCCUGAUCCUUUCAUCGACUCUGGCAAUCAGACUCAGGCAUCGUCAGGUGACCCCGAGACUGACAAAACUCGGGCUGAAGAAAUUGCAAGACUCAAGGGAGUUCUGUGGCCAGGCAUGAAUAUUUUUGAUUCCGCCACGGUGCAGAUGCGUCGUCGGCGCAACCAGAAGAAGGAUGGUGCUGUGUUGAGGAUGAUGGAACUUACUUCUUCGCUCGUGGAACCAACCGAACAGGUCUUUUCCCCACACGGCACCCUGUUGAAGGAGCGCGUGAUCACGGGCAAUGUAGAGGAAUACAGCCCACUGAAAGGAGAGACUCCGAUUCCCAGGCGAGGCCUCACUCGUACUAGGACUGUUCGUUUGACCAAAGCAGACCCCAACGUGCCCCGCGCUUUGGACAGAAAGCGACAGAAAAUUGACAAAGACCGCAAAAACAUUGAAGAAGAAACAGCCAAAGAAGAGCAAAAAUCCCCCCGCCGCGCGCGCCGCGCGGCGGACCGCACUCACUCUUAUGUUGGCGACGAUGAAGAGUUUGGUUUUACUGUCAACACCUUUGGCAAACGGCCGAGGGGUGGCUUCGACGUUUUUGUUGAUGAGGAAAAGGAAGAAGAGGAGAGCAAGACAUCUUAUCAGGAACUAGGAUACAGAACGCAGUUUGACACAUUGACCCCCACUCGCCUUGUUUUGAACGGAAAGACGAGCACCGGUAUUCAUGCCUCGAGAAUUGGGCACACAUCCCUUGACAAGGAAAACAUCGAGCCUAUUCUGAACCCGCAAGGUCGAAUUGGCCCCCAUGGUUGGCACUCCCCAUUCGCUAAACGCACUGACCCCGAUGACUUUGGAUUCGGCCUUCCAUACCUUUCUGAUCUUGGUGAUCCAUACGACAGCUUUGACAAGGCUGGGUAUCGAUUCAACCCUCUACAAGCACCCUCAAAGCACCCUUUCUUUGACAGUCAGUACGAAGAGGAGCAAACUGCAGCCCAGAAUGGCUGGCUUUCAAUGAACCAGACAGUUCCAUCCGAAGAAACCAUACCGGAAGACGACCACUUUCCCACAUACUACUUGACUACCGAUGCGAACUAA